UCCGUAUUCUAAGAGAGCCUAUCAAUAUGCGAACUGAUGUGCAUUGGCGAAGCACGAUCUCCGAGCCGCACCCUCUUCCAAGGGACACAUUCGUAAAAUGUGCCAGGUCCUCCAGCCGUAUGUGUAAUGAGAAACCGUCCGCAGAACUCUUAUAUAGGAUUGUCGAUUCGUCUGAUGCCAGUGGGAGACGAGUCUCCGUUCGCCUGGACGUCGCUCGGGUCUCCGCGGCGUAUAAUUGAUUUCGUGUUUCUUUUUCCGUGUUCAGGGACUGCAGACGGGCAAAAUGCGAAGGGGCUUACCACUGUUUCUUUGAUGAGUCACACUUCACUCGUGUAUUCUUUCUGCCUGAAAUCCGUUGCCAGGCUCAGGAGUAGGUUGCGAUUUUACAGACCGAGGUCUGGUUGCGCAGCUGUUGCAGCCUGAGCGGCCAGUGCGAGCCCGUUUCAAUAUGCGAGCGGGGCUCAGGGCGCAGAUACUGUCAGCAUCAUCAUCAGCAGCAGCCUCAGCAUCCGCUCCCGGAAUGGAUUGUGUUUGCUGCUGUACAUUUUCUGUUCGGAGACCGUAGAGAACAAUGGGGAAAAGGCAACAUGGUUCUGGAUAAACCCGUUAACAUAUGCUGGAGUUGAGACGGAGAGGCGUACACUCUGCCAAGGAAGUUCUGCUAAAUACUUUUCUUUUUUGUGUGUCACUGAAGCUUCUACUGACAAAUUACCUAGUAAAGGGGUGCACCUAUGACUGUGGUCGCUCGCUCCUGCCGGAGAUGAGACUCCGGUAACAAAAUUACUUUCUCCCUGUUGUGAUCCAACAGAGCGUCAUAUUCCUCGUGGUAUGGCUUUGGAGGAAAAGCGUGGAAAGGGUUUAUCGUUCACAACAAUGGGGAUAGAAGACAACUCGAUGAGGAACGGGAGAGGGCUGUCCGACCAGUGGGCCGACAGUGUCGUGGUCCGACCCAGGACAACCGAGCGGCACAUCACAGUGCACAAGAGACUCGUUCUGGGAUUUGCCAUCUCCAUCCUUACACUUAUCAUCGUGACCGUCAUAGCUGUGCUGCUCAGCGUCAGGUUCGAGGAGUGCGCAGCGGAUAGCAGCUCGCGCGCGGCUAACGGGAACAGAACAAAGUUGAACCAGUCUCGGAAUGCUACCCUCAAUCACAAAGACGAGGAUGCCCAGCCCUGGCGUCAUUUGCGGCUGCCGACGUCUCUGCGGCCGCGUCACUACGACUUAAAGCUUUCUGUCUAUAUGGAUAACUUCACCUUUUCAGGAGAAGUUAACGUCGAAUUCGAGUGUGUGAACUCGACAAAGUUCAUAGUGCUGCAUACGGACAGACUAGAGGUAGAAAAGGCUGUUGUUUAUUCAGAUAACAAAAAGCACAGUGUCAUAAAAAUUCACCGUCAGUUUCAUUAUCCAUCCAACCAAGUUUAUGUUAUCGCUUUGCACAGGGAAUUAAAGCCGCAGAAAACCUACAAAGUUAACAUUACGUUUGAAGCCCAGAUCGAAAACGAACUUCUCGGAUUUUUUCGCAGUUCUUAUGUUUUGCAUGGAGAAAGAAGGUUCCUCGCGGUGACUCAGUUCUCUCCCACUCACGCCCGUAAGGCCUUUCCCUGCUUCGACGAGCCCAUCUACAAGGCCACGUUCAAGAUCAGCCUGAAGCACGAGAGCGGCUACCUGUCCCUGUCCAACAUGCCGGUGGAGAUGUCCGUGCCGGACGAGGACGGCUGGGUCACAGACCACUUCUUCCAGACCCCGCGCAUGUCCACCUACUACCUGGCCUGGGCCGUGUGCAACUUCACCUACAGGGAAACCUUCACCGAUAGCGGCGUGGCGAUACGCCUGUACGCCCGGCCCGACGCCAUCGAGAGAGGAUCGGGUGACUACGCCCUGCACAUCACGAAGAGACUCCUCAAGUUUUACGAAGACUAUUUCAAAGUGAAGUACUCCCUGCCCAAAUUAGACCUGCUGGCCGUGCCGAAGCACCCGUAUGCUGCCAUGGAGAACUGGGGGCUGAGCGUCUUCGUGGAGCAGAAGAUCCUGCUGGACCCGGAGGUGUCCUCCAUCUCCUACCUGAUGGAGCUCACCAUGGUGGUGGUGCACGAGAUCUGCCACCAGUGGUUUGGGGACCUGGUGACCCCCGUGUGGUGGGAGGACGUGUGGCUGAAGGAGGGCUUCGCCCAUUUCUUUGAGUACGUGGGAGCCGACUUCCUCUUCCCCAAGUGGAACAUGGAGAAGCAGCGCUUCCUGACCGACGUGCUCCAUGAGGUGAUGCUGCUGGACGGCUUGGCCAGCUCCCACCCCAUCUCCCAGGAGGUCUUCCAGGCCACAGACAUCGACAGGGUCUUCGACUGGAUCGCCUACAAAAAGGGGGCGGCCCUGAUCCGGAUGCUGGCCAACGUGAUGGGGCAGCCGGUGUUCCAGAGGGGUUUAAAUGACUACCUGUUGACGCACAUGUACGGCAACGCAGCAAGGGAUGACCUUUGGAACAAGUUCUCGGAGGUAGCCACACCCACACACACGCAGGCCAUGCGGAAGGAGGGGAAGGACAUCAGCAUUAAGGAGGUGAUGGACCGCUGGACGCUGCAGAUGGGCUACCCCGUGGUCACCAUCAGCCGCAACGACAGCCUGGACGGCAGCGUGGUCAUCAGCCAGGAGCACUUCGUCUACGACGCGGACGCCAAGGCCAGGGACCCGGACCUGUUCAACAGCAGUUUCCUCUGGCAAAUCCCUUUGAGCCUUUCAGUGGGAAAUUCAACUUACAUAUCACCGGAAUCAAUCAUUUGGGUUUCAAAUAGAACAGAGACCCACAGGGUGGGUCAGCUGGACGAAGGCACGUGGCUGCUGGGGAACAUCAAUCAGACGGGCUACUUCCGCGUCAACUACCACCUGCACAACUGGAAGCUGCUGAUCGGCCAGCUGCUGAGGAACCCUGAGGUCAUAUCCGUGGGCAACCGGGCGGGGCUCAUCGAUGACGUCUUCAACCUUGCCAGAGCGGGGUACCUGCCCCAGAACAUCCCCCUGGAGAUGAUCCGCUACCUGCCCCAGGAGAGGGAGUUCCUGCCCUGGCAUGCUGCCAGCCGCUCCCUCUAUCAGCUGGACAAGCUGCUGGACCGCACAGAGGAGUACAGCAUGUUCAGUGACUACGUGCUGAGUCAGGUGGCGUCCAUGUACCACAGGCUAGGCUGGCCAGUGAGUUCUGCUAACAGCUCCAUCAUGCAAGCGGCCUACCAGACUGAGGAGAUGCAGAGGGAGGUGAUCAUGUUGGCCUGCAGCUUUGGAAACAAACACUGCCACAGGCAGGCGGUGUCCCUCAUCUCCGACUGGAUUUCCAGCAAUAAGAACAGGAUCCCGCCCAACGUGAGGGACAUUGUUUACUGCACGGGCGUGUCCCUGAUGGACGAGGACGUGUGGGAGUUCAUCUGGAUGAAGUUCCACUCCACCUCCGCCAUCUCCGAGAAGAAGGUGCUCCUGGAGGCACUGACCUGCAGCGACAACGCCUUCCUGCUGAACCGGCUUCUGAACCUGUCCCUCAGCUCGGACCUGGUUCCAGACCAGGAGGUGAUCGAUGUCAUCAUCCACGUGGGCCGGAACCCCCACGGCCGACACCUGGCCUGGAGGUACUUCAGGGAGAAGUGGGACAUUCUAAAUUCCAGAUACGGAGAGGCCUUAUUUAUGAAUUCCAAAUUAAUCAAUGGUGUGACAGAGUUUUUAAAUACGGAGUCGGAACUGAAUGAGCUGAAGGACUUUGUCCAGAGUAGCGGCGGGAUGGCGGCGGCAGCGUUCGCCCGUGCUGUGGAGAUUGUGGAAGCCAACGUGCGGUGGCACCGCCUCUUUCAGCAACAGUUCUUCCAGUGGCUGCGCAAAUCCCCCAACAGCUAGGUCAGCAGCAGCCCCCCCCCCCCCCCCCCCAACCCAACCCAUCCACCCCCCAUCCCCCAGGAUACAAAAAGGCACCUAAACAUUUACCUGCCAGUCAACAGGGGGAUGUCGAAAGGAUUCGAGGAGGAAAAAAUGUUUGUUUGAAUCACAAGCUGUGGUACUGGAAGUGUAUACGUACACGUGUUUCUGAUUUUUUUCCCUUGCAAAUUGAAGACGUUUUAUCUGUGGUUUGAAGAGGGGAAAGGAAAUCAGCGAGACUGGAAGAGAUGAAGGACUCAAACACUGCCUGCCUUGGUAGCUGUCUUCUGUCCUGCUUGGGAAUUUGCAAACUGAACACUGCUAUUUGAAGUAUUGCAUGAUCUUGUUCAUCUUUAGUUGAUGCUUUUUUUUUUUUUUCUUCUUUUUUGACGUGCAUGGUUGUUCACUCCUUCACCAGUUGGCCAGCAUGCAGGCCGAAGGCCUACCUUAGGUGGUAUUAUGCAACUGUUACAAGCACAAAAAUGACAAUGACACGACAAUCAGCGAUUUGUUCGGGAACCCGAAAGGACGCAGAGGAAGGCUGCGUCCGGCGAGGGGGGGGGGGAGCGUGCUUAAAACAGUUUCUCCUUCCUGUAAGCCAUACUGCGUUGUGGAAGAGGGAGGAGGUCUGCCUGUUUGAGCCGAGCCGGUGUUUUGGUGUCGUGUGUGCGUGACGUGUUCUUGUCACCUGGCCACUGCAGUAACCUGACUGGAUCGCGCAAAGUACCGUAAUGUAUUACUGUAAUGUAUGUGAGCACUAAACUCAACAGAGGGACUGGGGGAGCUUGAGAGAGUGAUCUAUUUCAGUGUUCUUACAGCAUCCGACUGAUGUUAUUGUUAUAAGCGAUGCUGAUUUAACCCACCGUUGUUUCCGUGGCCCAUCCCUGGAUGUAGAUGUUUGAGUCUGUGGUUUAAACUAGGUGUGCAGCGGUCUCUCUGUGUGGAUGAGCUGUGGUUUACGAGCAUCUCAAAGCGAAUAAGGUUGCUGUACAGUGAAUGCUGAAAUGUUCGGAACGUCCCUUGUUUGGUUUGAUGUUGCAUACAUUGUGACAAUGUAACAAAACUCUUAUCGCCCAGGAAUUUUCUGAGCGAACAAUGUUGCAGCUUCCUUAUGUAAAAUGUUACCCAUACCGACUGAGAAUUCCACAUAAAAUUGGCCAGUCCUGUCAGACAAAGUACGCUUUACAUGUGACCAGCUUAAACCCCUUGAUAUGCUUCUGAAUAAAUAGAUUUUGUUCAUAUUCUUAGUAUGAAGUGUUUGGUUUAUACCGUGGGCUAACCUCUGAUACAUUCACGGGGGAAAAAAAAUACUUUCCAUUCCAUUAUUUGAAAGUGUUGGCAACAGUUUAUUUUUAUUUGUAAAUGAGACAAUAUGUUCUGUAUUUUAAGCAGAAUGUCUGGGAUUUUAAAUGGGAUAAUAAAUUAAUUUGUACAGUAAUACAUCACUCUUUAA